CAAUUUUCUGUCAUCACUCAGUCCCUUGCUUGUCUUAUUUUCUGGACAUGCUGUACACGUACGCAUGCUCCCACAGACAUGGGUAAUCAGGGCGAUUUAACAUGAGCGACUCCUACGACGCGUAAGCAAUGAUCAUCGUCACCAACAUAUCUCCAAAAACAGCUGGAGCUUUUCACGGUUCCAUUCACUUCAAAGAUUAAGCAUGCAACCUUUCCAGGCACAGGACCAGGAUCCCGCCUUCGGACCGCCUGUGUAACCCAACAAAAGGCCUGAUAACCACCCAAGGUGUACCUCAUGCAUGAAGGGGUCAGUCAAGCUUUUUCCUGUUCUCCUCCCGAGCGGCAUCCGGGCCAUGGCUGGCAUCGUCAAGCUUUUUAGGUGUUGGCCUCGAUCGCUCCAGCCAACGAGUUCCACUGUUUUGGAUGCGUAUUGAUGCGGCGAAGAUGUAAGUCUUCAGGGGCUGCAUAUUCAAUUGCAUUUCUCGGCGAUGGAUAUACCCUAUUCUAGCUCAACGGCCGUGGAUGAGCAUAGGAGGCACCCGUUGUCAAAGUGGGCCAUCAGCAGCUCAGAAGCUCGUGUUACAGAUGCAGACGGGCCUUUUAUACAAGUGGCGCCUUGCUUCCAGUUCAGAGCCAUUGAAACACCUACUGGGGCAGCUGAAGAUGCAGAACUUACUUGCCCCCACGAAGCCAAGACAAAGAUCGCAUGAACCGCGGCUUGCUGGAGAAUCAACACGAUGGUCAAACGGCGUCGUUUUGGGUAACUCGUAUGAUGGGUCGUUGGUCCGGAACGGCGACCGAUUAUUGAAAUACGAGAUUCUCUGUGUCGCUACGCUUCCCCCCUACCUUUUCAGCACCCCGCAAGAGAAGGACGAGAAGGACAGGGCUGCCAAGUUGACCCAAUCUUUUCCGGCACCUACCGAUAUGCAUGCAACGUGCCGCUCACAGCUUGUCUCAGCACACCCAACUCUCUCGCUCGUCCUCGCCGUCGUCUGGCACAUGGCCAUUUUCUAGCGUGGGCCGCUCCAUGAUCGGCUUCGCCGUUUGCCCACCGGUGGCAUAAUGGUCGCGAAAAAAAAAGCUGGGGAUUCGUUGGACGCCUUCGCCCACAACAGCCGACUGGCAACAAGUCAGCGCAUCAUCACAUUGUUCCAAGAGGUGGUCACCACAGUAUAAAUCCGAUACACGACAGACUGCCUGCCUUGGACCAGGCGCCAAGAGCAGAUUGAGAUGCACUGCGGCGCAGUGGUUCGGUUGGUGUAGACCCUCCGGGUGCAUGGCGGCGUCUAGCACACGGGGGCCUGUUGGCCUGGUGCGCCCUGCUUAUGGACGUCGUCCUAUGUGAGCUCGACGCUAUCGUGAAAUGCCCUGCUUGGUGGUGGCUUCCCGUCUUCAUAAAGACCCAACCACCCACACUACCUUCGCGGGGCCAACACGCCGUCCUUUUCAGCUUCUCCGACUUCCGCUCCCAUGUAACGGCGUUUGUAAGCUCAAUUUCUGCUCUUCCUCCAUUUAGCCUGCUGCAUAGCAUCUGUACUCGGUGUUUCUUGUCUUUCAACAUAUUGCGCUCGGCAUAUUCAGCUGUCUGGGCCUGCCUCUGCCAAUUACCCGGCCUCACUGACUUUCGAAUUUCCUCAUCGCUGCGCAUCAUUGCGCCUCGGCAAGCUCCUGCUCCCCUUCCUUUGUUUGGAUUAUUCCACUACCGCCCCCUCGGUUUCGAAGCCCGACGUCACUCUUUGUUCUUUGUCGCCGGGGUGCUCCUUAAAAGGACGCAAGAGCGACCACCCCGUGAGUUCUUGGAUUUGCCCGAGUUAAAUUGUCGCACCUUGGUCACAUAUCAAAAUGAGGUGGUACAUUGUGCUUGGCCUUGCGCAUAUGGCGACAUGCUCGCCUGUGCCUGUUUUGUUGAAGGAACGAUUGGAAAUCUUCUCGGACGCUGCCAAUGGAGUGGUGACUGUCCUCCAGUCCCGGUCGAGCGAGCUCUCCAGUGUUAUCUCCGAAAGGAGUCAAGAUGGAUCUGCGCAAACACCAAUAGAAGUCGCUUCACCGCAGUUGCGACCGCUCACAAAACACCGGCCUGCCGCGGAAACAUGGGAGGACGAAAUGGAUGCGCCUGUCGUGACACUGGGCGAUGAGGACUUGCUGGAGGUUACCGAGACCGACGUCGAUAUUACCACCUUUGCGUCGUUCGCCCGACCAGGAAUGCCGUGUCGUCAUGGGAGGCUACUACGCGAAAACAACGAUAUGCUCAUCAUCUAUCUUGCAACAUCUUUCCUUCUUGUGGUGGUAAUGGUGGAGACUUGGGGUAGCUGUGUGAGGAGACAAGAGCAAGGCACGAUCAGGUUAGAAGAGAGCCCAAUUCGAGAGGUGUGCUCAAUCCAGUUAGAAGCUGCUCCGGAUGUCCCCAAGGAUGUGUCGGAUGAGAAGAAAGCCUUGCUGUGA